AUGUCAACUAGCUCAUAUAGUACAGCCUACCUUAUCAUCCCUUUCUUCAAUAUUAUUAUUGAUCAUGUUGAAGAUACAGCAGAUUUAAGUGAAGGUGAAGUGACUGGAAAAAUCCAGAUAGCAGCUAAAGCAGCAAGAGAUAAGUUAGUACGAUAUUAUUCAAAAACAAAUAUGUUUAUGAUGUUGUGUACAGCAUUAGAUCCAAGAAGAAAGCUUUAUUAUUUUAUGAAGAAAGGAUUUCUAGAUGAUGAUAUCAGUGAAACAAAAAUGCU